UGUAAAACGCAACCGCUCCUGCGUUAUCCUGCACCUAUACAGGUGGAUUCGUCGCAGGACAACAGUUCGAAACAGGACGUCCCGACGCCCGGACGUCACCCUUUAAAUUUAUUACGGUAACAUUUAGUUUAGUUGCGCGAAUUAUGGAUAUCAACAUGGAAAUCGAAUUCAAAUAUGCGUCUAAAAAACGUGGACGGUCCGCUAUCCGUCCACAAUGGUAACUCGGCGUUAUUAAAUUCACCAAAACGUAUCAACACCGUUCAAAAUAGUAAUGUUUCGACAACAUUAACAACAAUAACAAGCGGACAAUACAACGCGAACGUAAAUUCGAAUGUAAAUCAGUAUAUAGUGAACGAUAAUUCGAAUGUGCUCAUUACUAAUACCAAGGGGGAUACAAAUCUCCUUAACAACAUCGGUAUCAACGAAGAUACAAGAGUGCAAUGGUGCAACGCUGCACAUGCUCAAAUCCGGACCGAGAUCGCGAACAACGUGAACGACAACCGGAAACGACAACAUCAACUGUUCAAUAUCAACAACACGCUGGCUGUCUCAUUGGAAAAUACGAGGAGAGCUACGGCCUCUUCAAUCUGUUCAGAAUCUUCACCAGAUGAUAGCCUUUUAGACUAUGAAGAUGCACAUCAAAGCUGCUCAUCUGUAGACACUUCCCCGCAAGAAGAAGACAGAGGUUUUGAUGUAUCCGACUCUGAAUCGAUAUCGGACGAUAUUAAUUUGAGUCAAAACGAAACAAACUUUCAGCGUAGGGGAAUCGUAAAUCCGAAUUAUCCCGGAUUUCAACAUUUAGCGCAUACUUUAGAGUACGGAAUAAAAGCUUCAUCUGACACUGAUUUAACGGACGACGAUUUCGAUUGUGAGGCAGAAUCAAAAUACGUUGUAGAUUCUAAUAACGCUAAUAAUAACAACAACAACAAUAAUAAUAACGAUGAAGAAGAAACGGAAUAUCAUGGGGAUAAAAUUGAUAGUGUAAACCGAUUGGAUAGUGUUGAAAAUAUCCAAAAAGUUUUUUAUGACAAAACGGUUUUGAACAUUCCCUUAGAAUCCCAAUCAGGUGAACCAAGCACUUCAAACUCAAAUCAAAUCAGUGAUGACGACGAUAACUCCCCAAAAAUAGAAAUUAAGGAGGAAGAAAAAGUUUAUAAUAAAGAUAAUGGAAUUAUCGGUGAUUUAGAGAAAGAAAUCGUUCAAGAACUUGAUCGUAUCGGAAUCGGUCCAGAUUCGCCAAUUGAAAGAGUUGUAAAAGAAGAGCUUGAAGAAGCCGUCGAAAGAUUAUCUUUAGCUAAAGAUUUAGAACCAACAGCUUCAAAAUAUAAUUACGAACCAAACGUGGAAGAACCGUUUAAUAAGGAACCACCAAAAAUGUUAACCGUACUCCCAAAUAAUUUCGAACAUAACCUAACAAUCAAAGAUAUAAAAAUUCUUCAAGAAGAUAAUUUUAAAAUGAAACUUUCAGACGCAUUCCUAUCCGAAGUACAAGAUCUAAUACCACCCGUGGAUCAAGAGAUGUUCGCCGACACGAAUUUGAACGAGGAAAAAGACGUUAUGGAGGUCGACCUCGACAAGUCUAAAAUGUUUAAUAACGACCUCGUGAAAGGAGACGCGAUUUGGGAAAAUGAGGAACGUGCUUUGCGUGGAAAGCACCAGAAAUUUUCAUUAAAUCAAAACGAAGAACUAGAAAAGUUUUGUAAAGAAGACAAAACGAAAGAUGAACCGGAAAAAGACGAAGACAGCGCCAUUCCGCGUAAAAAGGAGAAAGUGGAAGUUACCUUCCGGAAGAAAAGAGACUACAACCAACAGAUUGGGAGUCUUAUCACUAUUCCCAGGAGGGAGUUGGGCUGCAGCAGGGGGCGCGAAAAUUUAAACAGGAGAUCCGUUCCCCUGGCCAGGGAAAAGAAAAGAACCAACCCAGAGCUUUUAGGGAGCUUCGACGUGUACAAUAUCGAAACGGCGAUGCCGAAAAUUGAUUUAGAAGCAAUCGAGCUGCACCUGAGGGCUGCCAGGGAAGAGGAAAGAAGGAGAAGAACUGAUCGAGAGGAGAUUCGUCGAAGGCUCGCAAUGGGAUCGGAAGAUGAGUAUUAUAAUGAUAGGCCGGGAAGAAAACCCAGCUUACAAUCUCGUUUACAAAGUGGUAUGAACCUUCAAAUUUGUUUUAUGAACGAUACUAUGUCAGAUACAGAGAGUCCAAGUUCUGAUUCUGAGUGUACGAUGACGAAUCCUAAACAACAAAAAUCAAAAACAAUUAUUAAUGCGAAUCAAAACGUUGAUGAGGAGAAAAUUCCACCUCCAAUAAGACCAGCAACUCUUUCAAUUGGUCAACCUUUACUUCAACCCAUCACCCAACCUAUGACAGAAACUGAUUUUUUUGCUCGACAGGCUCGGUUACAAACUGAGGCUAGAAUGGCUUUGGCUCAAGCUAAAGAAAUGGCUCGAAUGCAAAUGGAGAUUGAGAGGCAAAAACAAAAAAAGAGUCCCAUAACGGAAAUGGUUCGUCAUAGUUUAGAAAAGGUUGGAAUUCCAUUUCCAGAAGAUCGAAGAAGAUUGUCGAGACAAAUUUUAACCGAAAUGAACGUGGCUCAAUUACAAGUAAUCGUAAACGAUUUACAUACUCAAAUUGAGACCCUGAACGAAAACUUGGUUAAGUUUUUAAUGGAAAGAGAUGAUUUGCACAUGGAACAAGAUUCCAUGUUGGUUGAUAUUGAGGAUUUAACCAGAUAUUUGGGUGCUAAAGAGCAAUCAUUAAAAGAUCAAAACCAAUCAACAAUACAAAAUAAUAAUAUCCCACCUCCAUCGCCGGCUCCAUCUUCUCCAUUAGCGGCUUUAAAUAGUAGCAUGAAACCACAUCUACAUAGGAUAGCUAGUUUAGUAAAAAAAUAAAUAAUUCCAAAAAAAAUCAUUAAUCAAUUAACAUUAAUGUUGAAUGUAUAUAAUUAUUAUAUUUGUUUCGUUAUAAGUUUUUGAUACUCUUCGUUAUUUAUUUCAUUUCAUUUCAUCUACUUUUAAUGUUAAUUUAAAAAAGAAAACAAUAUGUCAUUAUUCAUA